AAGUCAGUAAGCUCUCAGCUGCUCUGAGCUGCUCACGGUCCGGAGCUGGACUCUCUGACUGAAGCCUCCGACAUCUCUUACCUCGUUGUAUUCCUUUUACAAAAUGGCCUCACCUGCUUUGUCCGUGGUGAAGAUGACUUAACUUCGAGGGAGCCUCUGCUGGCCAGGGAUCGGCUGAAGUGUGAGUGACGCCCUGUUACCUCUGCCACUACGUCUUCAGCACUUGAGAUUUGCUCGGCAGAUGGGAGGUCACCAACCGGUCGCCUGUUUCGCCCAAAUGCACGACAUGCCCUCCACCCUUAUCUAAGAUGGCCGCCCACUGCCUUCUUCUUCACCCAAACGGAUUGUCGCAGAGCUGCGUGCUACAAUGGUGAUCAUUUUAUCCAAAACACUGGAAAAGAAGAAGGUUGUCAAUGAUGUAAGGUCCAAGAGCAUCGAGAGACGGCUGAGCGAGCUCCGCACCAUGAGCAGAGGGACCACCCUCUUCUCCUGUGGAUCUGUGGAGGCAGACAGGUGGCUGGACCUGGGGCGAAGCUGUGCCAUCCAGCAGAGAGCUCCCUGCCAGGCUAGUGCCGGUCUGGAAAGCCUUUGGGAUGUGAUGCCUGAGCCGGGAAGCUGCCACUGGGCCAGGGAGCCCGGCAGCGCCACGGCAAUCACCAGUCUGAUAAGGGAUCUCAACAUAGUCAAUGGCAGCCUGGCCAGCCCCCAUGCCGACACUACGUCCACCACAGCACAGUACACCACUACAGCCACCAGCCAAGCUCCUGUGGCACCCCCGAGCAAACGGCAGUGUCGCUCCCUGUCGUUCUCUGAUGAGUACUGUGGGUUCCGCUCAUCCUGGAGGCCCCAGGGCUCCCGAGUGUGGACAGCGGUGGAGAAACGAAGGUGCCACAGUGGGGGAAGUGUUCGAGGAGGAGGGGGUUUCGCCGGUGGUCAUUUCCCCUCCAUUCAGCGUAGCUCCAGCUUCAGUUUGCCCUCGUGCUCCAGCCUCCCUUCAGAUGGAGGCCUGGACUUGGCAUUCUUUAACCAGCGACUGCCUCUGCAACCUCAGUUCACUGCCUCCCCAGUCUCCCCCACCUCCCCCUACUCGCAUCAUCACCACUCCAGCCAUCACCACUUCCUCAGGCCCCUCUCCCUGUCCCACGAACAAAUCAGCCUGCCAGAGCUUCAGAGGGAAGAGGCGUCGGAGGCCAGCUCUACAGACUCCACCCCAGAGCUGGGGAGGCGAGCCGGCCAGAGAGCUGGGGGCACGGGGUUUCUAUCUCGGAGCCGGUCCCAGCCGUGUGUGCUCAACGACAAAAAGAUCGGUAUGAAGCGCAGGAGACCAGAAGAUGCCCAGGAGCAGCGGCCCUCUCUGGACCUGGCAAAGAUGACUCAGAAACUCCAUACUUCCAGCCAGCCCGAUUCAGACUUCAUCACUGUGUGCGCACCAGGGCUGGAGUCUCCCCAGGAAGUGGCUGGAGAUGACGAGGAGGAGGACUCAUCCUUCGAGGAGCUGGACAGUGAUUCAGCCUGCAGCUCGCAGCCUGGCUCUCCUGAUGCUGUGCUGGCCGACAAACGCACCCUCUGGAAGGGUGAUCACAUGACCCAGAGGGACAUUUUCCAGCUGGGAGGAGAGCUUGAUCUUGACCAGAUUGAAAGAAACUGAACACUUUACUGGAGGUUUUAAAAGACUGUGUGUAUGGACUGUUGCAGGAAAUGCACAAUGUACCAAAAGAUGGCUCUAAAGACGGGUUUGUGAGAAACGAAGUGGAGGAGGGUUGGUUUGAAAGGGAAAGAUGACAGAAAGUCUAGAAAAGUGAUAAAGAUGAUAAAGGAAUAAGUUUGUGGCUUCUCAGUGACACAUUUGCCUUGAACAUACUUACUGUUUGAAUCAAAAAACAGUGACUGUUAGAUUUUUUUGUUGACGAGGGGAAUUCAGUUUAACUCAGGAGUGGGAAAGUGAGGGUUAGUCUUCAGAGAACUUCCUAGCCCCUCCUGUCAUUUCGACCUGAUGACCUUUCCACAGUCAGCUAACCGUAGCUUUGUAGUACUGUAGCACUAGCUGGGCUCCACUGUAUUUAGCUCGAGUUUGUUUUUUGGAGAAGGUGGGAGUGUCAAGGUUUAAAAAACAGCGUCUAAGAAGCGUCUUCUCACAGAACUGUCCUUGACCUUCCUCUUUGUCUUUUGUGCACACAUGAAAAUCUGUUUUUCUUUCGCUGAAUGUAGCCUCGGUAAGCUUUAUGAGGAGUUGACAGACAGAAAUUAACAGUGCCUUCUUUCAGAUGCUUGCUCUCCCGGUCGUGUCUUCAAGGAAAAACUGGCCUCAAUCGAAGCCACCAUUUCUGAUUUUUGUAGUUUCUUAAUAUGCAAAUUGUAUAUUUGAAUUAAACACUGAAUCUCAAGUUUUCAGUCCUAAUAUCAGUGUAUAUUUUUAUAAGUAAGUGUUUUUUAUGAGCUGUGUUGUGAAGGAGCAAGAAUACAAGGACUUUCUUCUGACAGAAUGGACAUGAAAUAAAUGUACAAGCUGCAA